GUUGUAUCGUAUUGGAAGAUCUUCCUAGUUGCUCUAUUUGACACAAGAACAACUAUGGACUCAACAUCGUAUAAUCUAGUAGGUGGUCUAGCCUUAUACGAGGAUGUGGUACAGCAACAGCUUACGACGUUACUAGUAUAUUAUAUCCGAACUGGAACACAGACCUAGGAUAUUAUGCUAAUGCAUGACUCCAAUUAGUUACGUGCUAGCUGACCUUGACGGCGAGUUUCACUCUCGCGUACGCGUAGCUACUGAUAGAGGUUAACAUUCUCUAUAAUGACUGAAGGAUAAUAUGCGGCCCGCAUGCUGCAUGCAACUACCUACCACGCACGAUCUUAUUCUUCCUUGAUCUUCAUCGGUAUUAUUGUUUAUGCACUUUAGUUCAAAAAAAGAUGGUCCGUCCCGACGAUUAUGAUUAUCUCUUCAAGAUCGUGCUUAUAGGAGACAGCGGGGUUGGAAAAUCAAAUCUCUUGACGCGGUUUACUCGGGACGAAUUCAACUUGGAAUCCAAGAGCACCAUCGGCGUUGAAUUCGCGACAAAGUCACUUGUCGUGCGCGACGAAGACACAGGGCAGGACGUCGUUCUCAAAGCACAGGUACUCGUUAAGUAGUAGACUACGGGACUAUGAUUACAAAUACAUGCUAUAAUUGAAACGUCGUUGCUUAACUUGCGGUGCUAGAUUACUCAUGAUUUGACAUUCUACUGUUUUUUAACAUGUUGUUGUCGGCUCAAUGUCAUUCUCUAUCGUUUCGUCUCAUCUUGCUCCUCGUAUAAUGAGACUCAGUGAUCACUUACUCAGUAGCACAACUCUCAGGUAUGGGACACGGCCGGUCAAGAGAGAUAUCGAGCGAUUACAUCCGCAUAUUAUCGUGGGGCAGUAGGCGCAUUGGUCGUCUGUGAUGUCACAAAAGCGGCAUCGUGGCAGAGCCUCAAAGAAAAUUGGAUUGAGGAGCUCCGCAUGCAUUCAGAACCAUCAAUUUCACUAUUACUCUUAUGAGCAGCACUAUUUGAAGAUAGUCUUGUGAAGGUUAUGCUCGUCAUGGUCUAGGACGGAUACGGUAGCACAAGGUGAGGGUUUUGAACAACGAUAAUCACAAGUAGAAGUAGGAUGUUCAUUUAAUGAAUCUUCAGAUGUUGAAAAAUUGACUGAUAUAAGUGCAUGAUCACGAGCUGCUAUUUCGUCGGUCUGAUCCUGAAGUACUGGAUUCCCCCGUUUCUUUUUCCUCGCGUUCAUUCUUUGUCGGAAACAAAACGGAUUUGGUAAAUCUGCGGCAGGUUAAUAGCGACGAUAUCAAAUCAUACGCUGAAGAAAAUGGGUUCGGGCAUAUAGAAACCUCUGCCCUCGAGAACUCGAAUGUUGAGACUGCCUUUCGAAAAAUCUUGACCGACGUCUACGCUAAAAUGAUGGCGCAGCGAACAAUCCAGCCCGAUGGUGGACAAGGGCAUGUGCCAGGCGUAACGCAGUCGAUUCAGUUGACGAGCCAUCCGGUUGCUGCAGCACCAAACGAUAGGAAAGGUUGUUGCGGUUAGAAGUUGUAGUGCACGCAACCCUCAACUUCAAUUCACCAUAUAUUUCGACAUCUAUCUAUCACGUGUGGCGCUGUGCAAGAGCCAGUCCAGUGACCAUUUCUAUUUGGUAACAUUCAUACCAAUUUAUGCCUCAAGAAAACCCAGCACCAAAGACACAUGGCCCUCGUCUCAUGUCAUUGUGGCUAAGCAAAACAGAUUUUGACUCAAGAACCCUCUCGCUUUCCCGGCGACGUCCGCUUCACAAGGUAAAAGGGACGAGAUUCAGACCCAAGAAGAAAAGCUCUUUUUAAGCAUAUAGAUCAUGUCGCACUUUAACUUGGCCAGCGGACCAAAGCUAGC